AUGGCUUCUACAGUAGACGGCACCACCAUGCACAACGGCCAACACGGGCAGGAUGAAGCAUCGGGAGCAUCGGGCGCGCCCAACAUGAACGGGCAGGGCUCGUCCUCCAAGGCAGCCGAGGAAGUCGUCGGCUUCCAGCCCACCAACAAGAUGGAAGUCCAGCCUCCCAAGAAGGAGGAUCUGCAGCGCAGCUACGCAACUACCGUCACGUCCGAGGCCAGCCCCAAGGGCUGGUACGGGAGCAUGAUUAACACCUUUGGCGCCGUCGUUGGUACAUUGGGCGCCAUCCCCUGCUGCAUCGUCUGCCCCAACCCAUACAAGAGUGUCAACCAGGGCAAUGUCGGUCUCGUCACCAAGUUUGGUCGAUUCUACAAGGCCGUCGAUCCCGGCCUCAUCAAGAUCAACCCUCUCUCCGAGCGUCUGAUCCAGGUCGAUGUCAAGAUCCAGAUCGCAGAGGUCCCCGAGCAGGUCUGCAUGACCAAGGACAACGUCACCCUGCGCCUGACCUCGGUCAUCUACUACCACAUUGUCGCCCCCCACAAGGCUGCCUUUGGCAUCUCCAACGUCCGCCAGGCCCUUGUCGAGCGCACCCAGACCACUCUGCGCCACGUCAUCGGCGCGCGCAUCCUCCAGGACGUGAUCGAGCGUCGCGAGGAGGUGGCCCAGUCCAUUGGAGAGAUCAUUGAAGAUGUCGCCGCCGGCUGGGGUGUCCAAGUGGAGAGUAUGCUUAUCAAGGACAUCAUCUUCAGCCAGGAGCUCCAGGAGUCUCUAUCCAUGGCUGCGCAGAGCAAGCGCAUUGGAGAGUCCAAGGUCAUCGCCGCCAAGGCUGAGGUUGAAUCCGCCAAAUUGAUGCGCCAGGCCGCUGAUAUCCUGAGCUCCGCGCCCGCCAUGCAGAUCCGCUACCUCGAGGCGAUGCAGGCCAUGGCCAAGUCGGCCAACAGCAAGGUCAUCUUCUUACCCGCUGCCAACCAGACAAUGAACAUGUCCUCCGCCGUCAACGCCGCGUCGGCUAACGAGACCGGCGAGGGCUUCGGCACUUUCGGCGACGGACAGCAGGAUCCUGGCUUCCAGUCGGCCAUGAACGCCCGCGUGGUUGAGAACAUCUAA